UAGCAGUUUUCUUCCAUAUGGAACAUUAAUACAUCUUCAUCCUAAACAGAAUGUUUAACCCUCCUGUUACCUUUGGGGUCAAUUUGACCCCAUUCAAUGUUUAAUGUCGGUGUUCUUUGGGGUCAAUUUGACCCCAGGCUGUUUUUCACUGUGUCAAACAUAUAAGAAAUAUCAACUUUUUUUAUUUAUUUAAAGGGCUAUUUAGGUAGUCAACAAACAAACAUAAAGUACCUCACACUUAAACUUGGGAAGCAAUAUUAAUUCUAAUAAUUUUCUGGAGGUUUUAAUUGCUGGGGUCAAAUGGACCCCGAGGGUAAAAUAUGUUAGUAAAUGUAAAGGUAACAGGAGGGUUAAACAGAACAUUUUUCUCUUGUUUGUCAACCAUUAACUCCACCAUGAUACAAUCUAGUGCUAGUGACUAUUUUUUUGCUGCUCCGUCCCGAUGCGCGCAGACCGGCGUCGGAGCUCUGCAGCGACCGCGAUCGACCUAUCGAUCGGCGUAUUGAGCACCCCUGCAUUCAAGCAUUAAAUAGCCGAGAGUUUUCAGCGUGAGGAAUACGAUGUGUGGCGGGAGUGCGUGAGUUAAGACCGAAAUGCGUGAGUCUCACGCUCAAUGCGUGAGACUUGAGAGCCCUGCGAUCAACAACAGACGUUUAGUUUAAUAAAAGAACAAAGACGUGCUAUAGAGAGCAUGUCAGGGGGCGGGCCAAUCUUUUUAAUGUCAUGCGAUCUACCAACACUACGCCGCGAUCGACUGGCAGGUCGCGAUCGACGUGUUGAGACCCUGAUCUACAGGAAGUAAAAGUCGUAACAAGGUUUCCGUAGGUGAACCUGCGGAAGGAUCAUUACCGAUGAACAGCACGACCGUCUGCAUGAGAGCGGACAUAGUUCAGAUUGAAGUGAUGUAUUGGAAGGCAGCUCAUUUUGCAAGUGACUUUUUUUUCGACCCGACGACCAACAACAGACGGAUUGGAAGCUCAUUCUGCGCAUGCGUUAAAUGCGUUUUAAAAAAAAACUAGUUAAACCUGUAAUUGAAUUAACUGAGUUAACGCGUUAUUUUUUACAGCACUAAAAUAAACACAUUACUUUGCAAUGUGACUAAAAUAAUGAACAAGUCUUGCUAUUGUAAAAAAGGAACCGCAGGAUCAAUUAACCAAUCAUACUAAAAAUCUGACUUUAAAAGGUUUUUAUUAUUAUUUCACUUUUUUUUAAAAGUGUUGCUUGUAUUUAUGUGUUACAUAAUGUCUAACCGAUUGUAUUUUUGUGUUGAACACGUUACGAAGCAAUAGCUCAAUAUGAUUUAUAAAGUUUAAUUUUACAGUCCUAAUUUAUAUUAUGAGCCAAAUGAAUUAGUCGAUGGAUGGAUGGAUAGAUUAAUUAAUCAUACUCUAAAGUGAAUACUACUGUAAAUCAUGGUCAGACGAGGACAGUGGAGCUUUCUUCUGGAGGAAGUCCCGCCUACUGUGACCAGAAAAGGCUCUCAUUGGCUCCCUAAUAUAUCAAUUAAAUGACAGCCAUGUCUACAUUAUGGGUCAGAUAGAAGACCAUCGGCUUUAAUCUCGUUGACUUCAGUGGAUGUAUUUGACCGUUACCUCUUGAGAAAACCUAUUUUGGAACAAACAGCCAUCUUUUCUGAUACCAACAGGUCUGAAGCUCCUCUGCAGCUUCACCCACGCCUUUUGUCCGCGGAAAUAGCUCCAGGAGGAUGUUUAUCAGUAGACGCUAAAACAAUUGCCGACGCGUUUGUCGAGCCUUAAAAAAUAAAUAAAGGUGUUUCCACAGACAGGUUGUCAACAUAAGAGGAUACAUGUGAGUCCUUUCCCACUGUGGGCGGCGUUUAAGAUACAAAAUCCAUCCAAAUGAUGUCAGGAAAGCAUUUCAAGGCUCACGAAGUGAGCUGCUGCAUCAAGUAUUUCAUCUUCGGAUUCAACAUCAUAUUCUGGUUCCUUGGAGUGGCAUUCCUCGGCAUCGGGUUGUGGGCAUGGAGCGAAAAGGGUGUUCUCUCCAACAUCUCGUCCAUCACAGACUUGGGCGGCUUUGACCCAGUCUGGCUCUUCUUGGUGGUGGGUGGCGUGAUGUUCAUCCUCGGAUUCGCUGGCUGCAUCGGAGCGCUGCGAGAAAACUCUUUCUUGCUCAAGUUUUGGGAGUGUUGUGGAGCCUUCGGAGCUGAUGACUGGAACUUGAACAUCUACUUUAACUGCACCGAUUCAAACCCGAGUCGUGAAAAAUGCGGAGUGCCCUUUUCCUGCUGCACCAAAGAUCCAGCUGAGGAUGUCAUCAACACUCAGUGUGGCUACGACGUUCGGGCAAAAACGGACUCUGAGCAGCGGACCUUCAUCUAUAUCAAAGGAUGCGUUCCUCAGUUUGAGAAGUGGCUUCAAGACAACUUGACAGUGGUGGCAGGCAUCUUUAUUGGGAUUGCAUUACUACAGUUUGUUUACCUAAGAUCUCCACAGAAUCUCCAAAGGCAUGACAGGAUGUACCAGGACUCUGCAGUUUUAGACGCCAUUAAUGAAGGGAAAUACAUUAAUUAGCUCACGUGUCCAGAAGAGUCUCAUUGACAUGUAAAUAGUAAAUGUAGAGUUAUUUUUAGAGUUAUUUGUGGCCUAUUUCUGAAUUAAGCACAACCUCUAAAUGGUAUUGUAGUUCUCAUACAGUACAAAUCAAAGAAAUGCAAUGUAAAUGCAUCGCAAUACAAACAGAUAUGAUGCUGUAGUGGCUCAAAGGACAAGUGAAGAGCGGAGAGGGUAGAUUAACUGGUAGAUUUGAUGUUUUUAUCAGAGGUAGUGCUUCAUUCAGGGAAGGGGCUUGGUUUUAUAUGUCUCACAGCUGCAGUUUUUAACACUGCGUUUAAAGGUUGUGUACAAAGAUAAAAGUGAUUCUGGAAAUGCACUGCAUGCCUAUUGUCUACUGGUAGGACAUCGGCUUUCCUAAAUGUAUUUCAUUAAUGUUAAGUAUUUUAAAAAUAUUUGUAAAAUAGUUACAAUAAUUAAGAGUGAAUCGGCACUUUGUUGAAUGUAUAACGGACUCUUCUAAGCAACAGCAAAUUAACUUUAGAGUCUCCUUUUCCCCAUCUGUGACGUUAUGCUCGUAUUUUACAGAUACAGUUUGUAAGCAGAGUUUUUGUGGAGUUAAGGUGGAUAUAAAGUAUCAUGAAGGGAAGUGAUUGAUAUUGUAGGCUUUGCAAAGUUUCAUUUCGCAGAGAUUUUUAGCAGUGACAUUAAAAGCAAUGUCCAACUAUACUGAAAGAAACCGAAUAUGUGACAUCCAAACUCAAACUUAGCCUUAAGCACUUUAAUCUUCAUAUGAUGAUUUCUGUCAUGAUGUGCUGUUAUCUUAACAGCAGCCACUGGAGGGGGCACUUUUCCUUAAACACUUUCAAACUGCAUCUGUUACUUAAUGGUGCUCCAUAAUGUCAUUUUUUCUCCCAAAAAGCAUUGACAGAAAAUGUUUUCCAGCACAUUAUGAGUGUUGUGCCGUUACUUGCACAUUAUUUUAUUGUCAAUGUCCAUUCAGUCAUGCUCCUCUAUUUUCAUUUUAGUUUUUUUGCUGGUGUGUGUUUCUUUAAUGGAAUCUGCCUAAUUGAUGAGAUACCUUUGUUUGUUGUGUUUUAGUCUUUUUGAUAUGUAAGUUUUCACUGGAAAAUUAGGAUGCAAGCUAUUUCCAAUACUCGUCGUGCAGCAUGCUGCUUGGUGGAACUGACCAGAACCUAGUAAUGAUUUAUAGCCGACAUAGAUACAUUACUUGGAAGUAGAGCACACAAGCUCUCAACAGCAUUAUUUUAAAUGCAAACUGAGAUACAACUUAUAUGUUUUUUUUCUAGACGGCACUUUAUGUUGACCUUUAUUAAUAGAACUGCACAGCAUGAAAAGUAAAAGCAGCCGUUUAUGUAGAGGCGCUGUGAGCCUGCAGUGUGUUACACAGAGCUUUUCUUUGCAGUCAAAUCUUUUACAGCCUUGAUGAACUGAACUGAACAUCCUUACACAAAAGAUAUGAAAUAAAUGCAUGUCAGCUUUUUGAAAUCUUCUCAAUGUAUUACGGCUGCAAUGGGGUUAAAUAUCCUUUUUUUCCACUAAAAGCUUCAUAUGAUUGUUAUUGACUGAUCACACUUUUUCUUACCACACAGUGCCAUAUUUGAGAUUUCUACAUCCCCUUGAUUAUAAGUUGUUCAUGUGUACUCCUAAUUCUUGUAAAUAGCUUGUUGUAAAUAUAUAUAUAUAUGAAUAAAUGUGGAUCUUGUAACCUCU